CCCCAAUCGGACGCCGCUGAGCUGAUGAGCGAGAGACUCCUUCCCUGUGCAAAUGAUUACAGUCACGGCCAUGGCUUGUGCUGCUGCUGCUUCUUCAACAAUGUCAGCUCCCGCCCAGCUCUACUCAUCUUACUCGCCCACCAGGAGAGCCGUCUACGCUACAUCUCCCUCUUCCUCUUCUUCCUCGUCGUCCUCUGCGAUUUCUUGGGGAGUCUCAAAAUCUCUUCUUCCCUUGCGGUUCGCUCCGCUCAGUCUCAUCCGUUUCUCGCCAUGGAGUGGCCUCAAGGCCUUGGGGAUCUCACUUGCUGCUACGUCUUCGAGGAUAGACAGGAGGAAGAGAAGGCAGAGGAGGAUGGUGGUCUAUGCGUCUCUGUUCGGGGUUGGAGCUCCCGAAGCUUUGGUGAUUGGGGUGGUGGCUCUUUUGGUUUUUGGUCCCAAAGGUCUCGCUGAGGUAGCCCGGAACCUGGGGAAGACUCUGCGAGCAUUCCAACCCACCAUUAGGGAGCUUCAGGAAGUGUCGAGGGAAUUCAAGAGCACCCUUGAACGAGAGAUUGGUCUUGACGACAUCCCCAAGCAGAAUAUGUACGACCCCAGUCAGACUGGCUCCACAUCAUCUUCUUCGACCAUUGCCCGUGAUGAGCAACCUCAAUCUGCUGUUGACCCCAAUGGGGCUCCAUCCUCUGGUCAAGCAUACUCGAGCGAGGAGUAUUUGAAGAUUACAGAAGAGCAGUUGAAAUUAGCCCAGCAACAGCAACAGCAAAACUCUCAGACAUCAUUAUCGGGGGAAAACCUGCCUGGAUCUCAAAGUAAACCUCAAGUCGAAGAAACAGCAGCAACACCUCCUCCUCCAAAGUCCGAAAGCGGAACUUGAGAGACCUCUGCAUACAAAUGGUAAUUAUGCAGCAUAUCAAUCUUCCUUCAGCUAAAUAUGCAGGAGAAGAAGAGAGAUGGAAUCGGGUUUCAUGUUGCUCACAAUCGGUGUACAACCUGAACGUUGUUUGAAUCACAACAUAGAGGAUAGCCUUAGCAUACGAGUUCUAGACCACUUAAGUGCGUAGAUAGUUCCUAUUUUUCGUGUAGAUUAUUGGUUCCCCUCUAAAUGAAAUGAUGAUCAACAAGUUGUAAUCUUACUGCUAUUCUGAAAUAUCGUUGACAUUGUUUCGUCUAAUACUAACCUCAUCGUUUGAAAA